AUGGAAGAACAAUGCGAAGCAUUACAAAUAAUUUGUCUACAAACGUCUUUAACUCAGUAUCAUUAUCAAUCUUAUCCUAUUCUAAAACAGUAUUUUCUCGAACGUAUUCGUCUUAGUAUUAAAUCCGAAUCAACGAGAACGACUGAUACUUCAUCUAAUGAAAUCCGUGCAGAACAUCCUACACUUGUUAUUCUACCCGAAUGUACAGGUACAUGGCUUUAUUUAAUGUGUGUUCCAAUGCCAACAUUUUUACGUAAUUAUUUUUUUAAUAAUCAUAAUAGCAAAUAUAAUCGUCAUAUAUUAUUUAUAUCGUAUACAUUAUUAAUUCAUAUGCGUUUAUUUUGCAAAGAAAUCUAUCGAAAUUAUCAUUCCAAAAUAUCCUGGUUAGGUUUAAUAAAACGUUCUUGGUUUAGUCUUUUUGCUGAUCAAACGUCUACUAUUUAUAAACGAUUAUUUAGCGAAUUAGCUGUUGAAACCAAUUCUACUAUAGUUGCUGGUUCGAAUUUCGCCUAUGAAAAUCUUCAUAAGAGAAAAUUCUAUAAUAUGUCGUGCGUAUUUGAGCCUAAACAUGGUUCGAUUUGUCUUCAAGCUGGUAAAAAAUAUCCUGUUCAAGAUGAAAUAAGUUUUAUUGAUUGUUAUGAAAAUCAACCAUUGAUUGGCUCCAUUCCAAAUACGAAUAUUGAUAUUGGCGUACUCGUAUGUGCUGACAGUUGGAUGCCGCAAGUCUAUGAGCAAUAUAAUAAAAUUCAAUUUUCAUCUAAACGACGGUUUCUUUUUAUUAUUGUUGCGUUAAACAUUGGCCAUUGGAAAAUACCGUGGCCUGGCUAUGAUUCUAGUGUUGAUCCACCAAACGAUGUUGAUAAGAAUCAUGUAAAUACUUUUUCGUUACCGAAUGCAUGGCUCCAUUAUGCAAUAAAUCGUGGAUUUGAUAGUUUAGAUAGACGAAAUGAUUUAAUUGGUUAUGGCGUUGUUUGUUGUCAAGGUAUAUUAAAUAUAAUGAAUGACAUUCAAGCACAAGGUGAAAGUAUAAUAUUAGUAAAACGUUCCAAGACAGAAGAAAAACUUCUAUUUGAAGCUAAAACAUGCGAAGAUGAAAGAAUAAUGAAAUGCGAAUUUUGA